CCAUAAUUUAACAUUGACUUGACACUUCUUCUUGUAUUUAUUAUUUUAUGGUGGCAACCAUCUGGCAACUGACAAGAGAGAAGUCGUCAAAUGUCAAAUGAUUUAAAGGUUAAAAUUGUUAAAAAAAAACAAAGUUAAAAAUUUACUGGAUAAGUAUUUUAAUUCGCCUGCAGAAAAGUACAAUGAGUUAGUUGUAUAACGUUGUCUCUGAUUAUUGGGCAUAUAUUGGACUAGAAAUAGGAAUAUUUCUUCAUAUUUUUUUUGCAUUGAACCUCGAAAACUAAAUAACCAAAUAAGUAAGCUUAUGGGAUUUGUGGAAGAUGAACUCCUCGAAGUCAAAAAAUUAUGUGAACAUGUUAUUCCAAAUACAAAACUUGUUUCGUGUGUCCCCACAAUGGUUCGGACAGAAAUAAAGAAAACGCAGUUUAAACAUAUUAUACUGUGUGCGCAGUUUUCAAAAGAGUAUCCUUCAUCCCCGUUAUUGAUAGAAUUAAAAAGCAAAACACUAUCUGAAAAUCUUUUAUUACGUCUAACCAGUGUUUGCGAACAAGAAUUGAAAAAAAUAUUGGGUAAACCACAAAUUCUUCAUCUUAUAAAAUUCAUUUGGAAAUUUAUUGAUGAAAAUCCUCUUAUUUCUUGUUAUGAUGAAGUAAAAUCGUUGAAAAAAUCUCUGACAGUUAAUGAUGAAUUGAAGUUAAAGCAAAAAUAUUCAAAUAUAAUAUUAAAAGUAUACAACGGUGAAUAUUAUUGGACUUGCAAAAUAACAAUUCCCAAUAAUUAUCCAAUAUCAUCUGUUGACAUUCAAGAUGUUGAUACAAACUUUACUCAAACAUUUUAUAAACAUAUGUUGGCACAAGCCAAGGAAAUUGCAAGAAAAUGUGUUGAACCUCCUUUAAAAAGAAAUCCAAAAGAUCCUCCUUUUGAACCAUCACCAUCCUUGGAGAAAACUGCUCUUUUCAUUAUAGACUGUGUAAAAAGACUGCCAAGUGAAAAAUGUCAAUUUUGUAAUGAAAUAUGUUUUCAGAAAGAUCCCAAGCUCCUUGAACAAGAUGAGAAUUCUGCAAGACAUAUAGAGAGAGUAUACUGUGGUCAUUUAUUUCAUCAAGGAUGCCUUCUAAAAUAUAUGAGACAACCACCAUUUGGUAAUAAAAAAUGUGUAAAAUGCGGCGACAAAAUUCAUCAUUAUAAAUGGUCUAUUACGGAUAAAAUGGCGGAGACACGAUGGGCUCAUGAGCAGGCCAGAGAACGAGAGUUACAGGAAGUUACUGAGUUUUUCAAAUGAAAUAAAUAUUAUUUUAGUUUAUUAUCUAAUAAAAAGUAAGAAAAAACUAUUAG